AUGACGGUUCGGUUAGCCGCUAAUCUAGCGUUGGGUUGUAGCGUGUUCGCUUUGCUUGUUUGUACGUUUUUUGUGCCGUUAUUGGUGAAGAAGGUGCAGGAGAUCACCAAGUCUGUUCAGCAUGUAAGUUUUUGGUUUUGCAACGUUGGAUUGAAGAUGUUACGUUUUUAUUUGUUGUUUAGUAUAAUAUCAAGUAUAAUGUAAGUUUUUAGUAAUUUAUGUUAUUUCUAUGACGAGUAGGGACGUGUUUCUUGUAAAAACUGGCACGUUGUUUUAGGACAUGAUUGAAUUUGAUCGUAUUCAAUCAGUUGUUUGGGAAAAGAGUCGCGAGAUCAGACAUUCGAAUGUUCAAGUUAGGAUAGCACGACAAGCUGGAGCACGAUGCAGUAAGUUGUAACCCAAAUGAAGUCUCAAAAAUUUUGAAUCGAUUCUGAAAGGAGCAGGUUCGUACUUUUCUUUUUAAUUUUUUUCAAAUUGUCUAGUUUAUUUUAUCUUGUUAUAGACUGCGAAGAACAAAACCUAUGCCCGGCAGGUAAAGCUGGCGAUGCGGGGCCUGCCGGUCCGGACGGUCAACCCGGAUUGCCUGGUUUCCCCGGAGCAGCGGGAAUGGGUGGUAAUCAGCCAACAGUUCAGUUGGAUAUGGAACAAAAUUGUCGUUUAUGUCCGAUGGGACCAGCUGGAUACCCGGGACCAACUGGCUCUCAAGGUGAAGAAGGUAUGCCUGGUAUGCAAGGGCAUGCUGGUAUGUCUGGUCCUGAUGGUCCACCUGGAAUGCCUGGUCGACCUGGGGAAAUUGGCCAUAUUGGAUCGCCAGGACAACCUGGUCCACCUGGAAAUCCUGGAAUGAACGGCUUUUUAAUGGCACGAGGAGUACCUGGUCCUAAGGGUCAGUUUUUGAAUUUUUCUAAAAUUCAAAAUAAGAUUUUACUAUCAUUGUAUCAAAGAACUUAUUAUUGUAUAAUUCAGGUUCAUCUGGAGACCGUGGAUUACCAGGAAUGCAGGGGAUGGCUGGUAUGCCAGGCCAACAAGGUAUACGAGGACCAACAGGCCCAUCUGGACCACCUGGUGAUGAUGGUGAACCAGGAAUGCCAGGAGUUCGUGGAAUGCAUGGUGUUGACUAUGGUAUACCCGGAGUGGACGCUAAUUACUGUGCUUGUCCGAAGAGAAGUGGCCUGGAACAACAAACUCCUCCACCAGCUGAUAAUGGAUAUCCAGGAGAAGAUAGUGCUGUUCAAGGCUUUCCAGAAGACAAUGCCGAAGCUGACGUUGAAGACCAAAUCAACAGUGAGAAUGAUAACGUUGACAGAUCUCAUCGUACUAAAGCAGCUAAGAAGAAGGAUAUUAACCGAAGAGGUAAUAAGGGGGCUAGAAAUGGCACUAUGGCUAUGGAUGAUAAUAUGGAGGGAAACAAAGGCAAGUCCCAUAAUAAAGUGGGUGAUAACAUGAAGGAGGAUGACAAAAAAGAAGUGGAAAUGAAUAAGGACGAUGAAAUGCAUAAGAAAGAUGAAAGGCAAAAUGAAGAUGAAAACAUGGCUGAUAUGGAACCAAAGAAAGACAGAAAAAUACACAGAGAUGAACCAAGGAAACAGAUGAAGGCAUCUUCUCAUAUAAAUUCACAUGAUUUAGAUACGAAACAUAUGGAAGAAGAUGGAGAUAAGAAGCAUAAAAAAGAUUCUUCACAUGAAACGAAUGAAAAAGAAGACAAAGAAGAGAUGAAUGAUGAAAAGAUAUUGAAAGACAGUGCAAUGAAGGAAGAAGAGAAAGGCGAUAAGGAAGAGAAAGAAGAAAAGGAAGAGAAACCACACCCAAGAAGAAAGGAAUUGAACACGGAAGAGCUGAUAUCCAAGAGUGUAGAUGUUGAAAAACGAUCAGAAGAGGUCACGGAAGCUCCAGAAUUUCGACGUCGCGAAACGUACAAUCUGGAGUAA